AUGGAAAAACUGAAAAGGGAUAGGAUAACGCCUUUUAUGAAACAGUGUUUCGUUACGGCGGCUGUAUGCAUCAAUAUAAUUGGUUUCGGCUGUGGCUUGGGUUACCCAGCUGUCUUGCUACCACAACUUCAAAUGAAAGAUUCACCUGUGACGGUAACGAACGAAUCGGCAUCAUGGAUUGUUGCAGUACUGCCUCUGAGCAUACUCAUUGGAAAUCUUAUCACUCCACCUAUCAUGGACCGUUUAGGACGCAAGACGACGCACUACACGCUAACUGUCAUCUUUAUGAUAAGCUGGAUAAUAACAAGCAUGGCAACUAGUGUUAGAAUUUUUUUAAUCGGAAGAUUUCUAAAAGGCAUCGCGGCCGGUCUGCUGACAACUCUACGAUCGAUACUCAUCGGCGAAUAUACGAGUCCUCGAAACCGUGGCGCUUUUUUAACUAUAGUGUCUCUGACACAAGCAUUUGGUGUAUUCUUUGUACACCUCGUCGGAUCUCUACUGAGUUGGCAAAAUACUGCUCUUAUAUGUCUUUUCUUUCAUUUUAUAAGUCUCAUUAUGGUAAUUUAUACGCCAGAAUCUCCAAGUUGGCUACUUUCCCGUGGCAGAUACGAUGAAUGCAGAAAAGUUUUCAAAUGGUUGCGAGGAAACGAAGAAGAUCACGAAUUAGAAGAUAUGAUUGAAGCUAAAUUAGCUUUUGAUAAAACUGCAAUAAGAGACUAUAAGAAACAAAAUUGGUUCGUUAGUUUGGGCAAAAUAAUGUGUAAGAAAGAGUUUUAUAAGCCAAUUACUAUUAUGAUACUUUGUAAUAAUAUAAUGCAGUAUUCUGGUGCACCCACGACUGCCGCUUAUUCGACUGUCAUCAUCAGUAUGUUGAUGGGGCCGAAAGCUAACCCAUAUUUCUGGAUGGUAUUUUUAGAUUCUCUUAGACUUAUUUUGAAUACAAUGGCUAUUUAUGUUAUUCAUAGAGUUAAAAGGCGUGUGAUGACAUCCACAACCGGCGCCCUCUCCGUUGCGAGUCAUUUUGCUAUUGCGAUUUAUGUUUACUGCAGAAUCAAAGGUUGGAGUUAUGACGCAAUAUGGUUACCAGCUUUAUUGAUUAAUCUCCAAUUUCUAGCAUUAGCCGUUGGCACCGUGCCGAUGGCACAAGUAAUAGGAGGUGAGAUAUUUCCGCUAGAAUACAGAAGUAUAGGUGGUACCAUCAGUAUGGCAACAUCAGGAGGAGCGCUGUUCUUGGCAUUGAAGACUUUUCCCACUUCAAUAGACCACGUGGGACUACACGGCACAUACGCAAUUUACGGUGGAGUUAUACUGAUAAAUUUUAUAGUCAUGUUAAUUCUUCUACCAGAGACGAAAGGCAAAACUCUUCAACAAAUAGAAGAUGAAUUCCGAGGACGACCUCUUAGGCACGAUGAGAUAGAAGCAAAGCAAUCAUUGCAGUCGAAUCCCGUUGAAAUUUAUAAAAGACAGUUAGCGGAAAGGAGGAUCAGUGGUCAUAGCUUUGUUUUAACGUAAUUGUAUGAACUAAUUCACACAUUUCAAAAUAAGAAUAUAUAAUAUCCACGCCCAUGGUUUUGUAAAUGUAGGGCAAAAAUAAAUAUGUAAAACUCGA